CUCUCGUACAGCUGACGGUGGAGGAAAUGCAAAGCCACAUUCUUCUGCUGACGGAGGACAUGCAAACACGCAAAGCAGGUUAACAUCGUUGGAACAGUCAACAAGGGUACGGCUAGUUCCAACCUCAAGUGUGGGCUUUAUCCCAUUACAAGCUGGAGACUUCAACAUGGCUCAGAUAUUAGAACCUU